AUGGCUUCCUCACAACUUGGGUCUCCAAGAGGAGGUCCUUUAUCGCUACUUUUAUUUGGUAUUGCCAUCCUUGCCUUGUUUGCUUUGCUAGCCUUUCCCGUCACCAAUGGCUUCUUUGGUGCGAUCAUUCAUCAAGUACAAAACCAGAAGAUAGGGCUGAAUCAGUCUCACUUUGACGCCACCUUGACGGGUUGGAAACGGUUCGACGACGCGGCGAAUGCCCUUACACACUUUUUCUAUGAUCUUGUCGAUACGUCGAGCGCCGACAUAACGUUCUUCAUGGUUCCAUUUGGCGCAUCUGUAAUGGGAGUCACGCUCCUUGGAAUGAUUGAGAGCAACCGAAAGGGAAACAAAGGGCGAAUUCCUGCCUUUUACACCACAAUGGCCGUGCUGGGUCAACUGUUAGGACUGGGUCUCACAAGCCCAGUAUUCUACGCCCUAUCUUUGAGGGAACAGAGAGUGUCUUGGAACGCAAGCGAUCUCAGUGUUACUCCGGAGGCGCUCUACACGAUACCAAUCAGUGUUUUUCUGGGAAUGGCCGUCCCGACCGGUCUUGCUGCGCUGCCGGCGCCUUCCAUUUUGUCAAUUAACCAAAAGGUCAAUCUAGUGAGGCUUUGGGUAACGUUUCCUCUCUUGGUAUAUCUCAUCCAUCUGGCUCUGACGCCUCUUGCUCGGCGGAUCCUCAAGCCGACUGGACAACGCGACAGCCAUAAACGUCAGAGACUGCAGAUUGUGUAUGCUAUCGGCCUGCUCUGGAGCGUAGCUCCAUACUGGUACUUCUUGGCCAUUGUCUUUUCGGCUUCAGCAUUUCCUUUCGCCUUUGCGCCAGAUUUUGCAAGAGCUUGGAAUUUUCGACACAUGCUUGGGCUGAACAACCCUUUCUUGCUCGGCAGCCCGUUGCCGCCCAUAUCCACUGGAGAAUUCUGGUUUAUCCAGUGGGACUUUUGGCUGAUUGGUGUUUCUUGCCUCGUCUGGGCCCUGUCUUUGAGACUCGAGACUCCGAAGCUCGACGCAUUCUACCCCAAGGCAGUAAUUGUCGUGGAAGCGCUCACGUACGCCGCAACGCUCGGCCCAGUGGGUGCGGCAAUCGUUUUGAUAUGGCAGCGGGACAUGCUGCUAAUCAAGGACGACGAUCGGCCUAAACAGGCCUGA